UGAACUGGUGCCAACAUGCACUUAACUUGUGGAGUAGCUAUCUCCAGCAGUUAAAAGACGAGCCUCCGCAGUCCGCACACACUCCACAUCGGAGUUUCUCUGUUUGCAACCAAGUCCGCCCCAAGAUGAAGAAAGGUGCUCACGCUCUCUUCCUCCUCCUCCUCCUCACCUUUGCUUCCCAUGGCAUAUGGUGCGAAGCAGCUCGGACAGGAACCAUGGCUGAUGCAGCUCGUCAUCAUCUGAGGCCUCAUCUCCAGGUGCAGGGAUUGCAUGAAACCCAAGGCAGGAGGCUCCUGGGGAAGCUCGAGCACAUGGCAGGCGGUGGCCCCGGCGGUGGAGCAAGUGGCGGCGGGAGGAACACCGGUGGCGGUGCGGCGAACACGAGGCCGCACAAUACCAAGAACGGCGGCGCUGUGGCGCUGCCGGACCCGGUGACCUUCGUUCUGGCACUAGUCUUCAGCGCUACCAUUCUUCUCUCGGUGCUCAGCUUCUAAAGUACUUGAUCCGGGUGGUAUACUGCUAGUAUCUGUGUAGCGUUGCAGUUUCAGAAAUUGUUUGCCUAACAUUUGUGGGUAUCGGACUGAUAUGUUUACCUAAUGUGUGCUUCGUAAGUUCUUGAAUUAUCAAGCUGCUAUAUUUGGUCA